AGUGUGUAAGGAUCACUUUGAUAAAUCAAAUGUUUAUACAAGUUUGAUUACUUUUUGUAACUUUGAAAUUUUUUAGAGUGAACUUGAUUUUUUUUUUUUUUUUUUGAAAUUAGAGUGAACUUGAUUAAAUUUAGGAUAAUUUUGAUUAAUUUAACACAUAAGUUAUGAAAAAACGAAAAAAAAAACAAAGGAAAAGUUGACAUUCUUGACAAUUUGACAUUACAGGCUUUGCAAAAACCGAAAACACUAAAAGCAAACAAAUACUGGAUUUGAAAUUCCACCAGAAAUUAAUGGCUUUCUAUGCUCUAACAAGAAACCAUUUCCGAAAGCUUAAUCCUCUGUCUUUACAUCAAAUUUCAAUCCCAAAAUUUCCCAAAUUUUUACCCUUUUCAAACAUCCCAAAUUCACAAAGUUUUAAUCUUUCAAAUUCCCUCCAACAAUCCCAAUACAGGAAACAAAUUUCACUUGCCAAUCUUUUGCAGAGGUAUGGUUUCCCCUCUUCUGAACUUCACGCAUUUCUUACGAAGAACAAAUUUUUAUUGAGUUCUAAUGUAUCAGAAAUUGAGCAAUCUAUGGGAAUUUUGUUGUUGUCAUUUAAAUUGCAGCAAAAUUUGCUUGUUUCAUUAGUAUAUGGAUGCCCUAGUAUUCUAGACUUGGUUUUUUUGAAGAAAUGGGAAGUGGGUAUUUCUUCAUUGGGACUAUUAUCUAGUUCUCCAAGAGUAGUUAGUAGCAUUCUUGAGUUUUCUAAAAGAUAUCGGAUUAACCCAGAUAGAUAUUGUAGUUGUGUUCAAAUUUUGAAGGGUUUAGGGUUUAGUGAUGGCACAAUUAGUAGCAUUUUAGAGGGUUUUCCAGGGGUAGUUAUGAUCGAUGAGAACGAGCUUCGAAAGAGGAUAGAUUUUUGGGUAUUUGUAGGAAUUGGAAAGGAAGCUGUUGAUAAGAUUUAUCUUUCUUUUCCAGGAGUAUUAGGGUUUCAGGUUGAGAGUAGGUUGAAGCCUCUGCUGAAUGAAUUCUUGGAUAUGGGUUUUGGAAGGCGGUUAGUGCGAGAAGAGAUCAUCAGAGAACCUAGGAUUCUUAAUCUAGAGCUUGGGGAGCUACGACGGUGUUUGGAGUUGAUUCAGAGGUUGAAGUGUCGAGAAUCGAUCAGAGAGAAGAUAUUGAGUAAGGGGGAGUUCAGAGCCGGGUUUUCUGUUAAAGUAAGAGUUGAUUGCUUAUGUAGAUAUGGGUUGAUCCGAAGAGAUGCUUUGAGCAUAUUGAAACGAGAGCCGAGGUCAAUAACAUAUGACAUUGAGGACAUUGAGAGCAAAAUUGAGUUUCUUUUGGAGCGGAUGAAACUUGAUGUUGAAUGCUUAAUUGAGGUCCCUGAGUAUUUGGGGGUAAAUUUCGAAAAACAAAUUGUUCCUAGAUACAAUGUGAUUGAAUAUUUGAGAUCAAGAGGCGGGCUUGGUUUUGAGGUAGGAUUGAGGGAUAUUAUAAAACCAAGUAGGCUGAGAUUCUACAAUCUCUAUGUUAAGCCAUAUCCUGAGUGUGAAAAGUUGUAUGGCAGAUUUUCUGAGUAUGUUGAACAAAAGAACCGGCAUCCCGUUGGACUUUGGAAGCACUUUAAGCCUCCAAAGUACGAAGAGACAAAAGAAGAUUUGAAGAACUUGAAAUCAUUCACAGAAUUCUUGGUUUGACAUGGAAUUUUGAAAAUUUUACUUGUUUCAUGAUGAUCAUUACUCCAAUCACAUGCUCACUAAGGGAUCCUACUAAGAGUAAGGUUGAUUGGAUUUUGAUACUUCCAUAAGAUCUUGGGAAGUAGAUGUCCAGCCAGAGAGAAAGCAUAUACUCACACAACUAGAACGAUACUGAAUGUGAAUGACAUUGUGCUGCAUAUUAUGUCAAGAUCUAUGGAAGAGCUCGUAGUUAUUGGUUGCUAUCUGACGUUAGAAUAGCUUCUAAUUUUUGGUGCAGCUACGUCUGACCUGUAAUCUGUCCAGCUAAAGUGAUUUUGUUAAAGCUUCGAGCAUGGAAUAAGAAAUGCUGCAGCAGAUUCUUCUUAUGUUUGAACAAGGAAGAACCUAAGAGCAAGACGUGAAAAACAUGGAAGCCUCACAUACCCAACACUAGUAGCCAUGUAUGAGUAAAAUGAUGAAGAGGAAGACAUGAGAAUGUUAAAGCCGUCGCUAAAUUCUUGGUUUAAUACAGAAAGUCUGCAAAGUCCUAUCUGUCUCGUGGGAGGCGUUGAUCAAAAGGGAGGCAUUUUUGUGCUAAUAAACAGAGCAAUGCAGAUUGCAGAAUGAGGAUGGUAUAACAUAUAAGAUCACUUGAAAAUCUACGAAGAAUCCUGAUCUUGCUAUGGAAUGUUAAUCUUUUCAUAUUCGCUAGACAUUGCAACCAUUAUUGCUGUCCAACCUCUAGUCUCCACUCUCCAGAGUUGCUCUCUGUUAAAUGUCAACGCUUGAAAGAAUAUGUUUGCACAAGUUUUUUUUUUCCUUUGCUCUUUGUGCUUUACAAUUCUGUUUUAAACUAUAACCAUUACAGGGAGAAAUUUAUUGUUUCAUGCA